CCACUAAAACAUAAUACAAAUUUUUAUACACAAUAAUAAAGGACGCUCUUCGCUUUAAAUACCUUUUUUAAGAAGAAACAUCUGUGAGUUAGAAUGCAUUUGUCUUAUGUUUUAGCAGUUGUUUGUUUAUUAAUAUAUUUGCAGAAAUUUCUCGCUAUGACAGCAAAAAGUAAUUCAGUAACUAGCAUUUUAGAUAGCAUAAUUUCAAAAAUAGAAAUAGAAAUCGAAUUAGAACAAGAGACGGCAUCAUUAUAUACAAAUCAAUCAGAGCUGGAAAAUUCCGUAACCUCAAAUAAAAGGAGUGUAUUAUCAUCAUGCGAUUCGAUAGAAGAUACAAACUGUCGCAUUUGUUACGAUCCUAAUCAAGAAUUACCUAUUAUAUAUCCGUGCAAAUGCAAGGGAACAAUGGGUGCAAUCCAUUUGAAAUGUUUGGAGCGAUGGCUAGAAGAGAGCAAUAGGAAUAGUUGCGAAUUGUGCGCCUACGAGUUCCAAGUAGAACGAACACCUCGUUACAAGGUUCUCCGCUCCAUCGUGGUUUGGUUGUGUCGGAAUCAGGAUGAACAUCAGAUGUAUGCUCGCAAUGUGAAAGCCGAUUUACUCAGAUGUCUCGUAGUCAUUCCUGUGACCAUCGCGUGCUCUUACAUCUGCGUAGUCGCUGCGGAUUUUUACGCUAUGAACAAUUACGACAAUUUCCCACCCGCGCGAUGGACCACUUACUCCCUGUUGUCAAUGAUGGCGUUACUGAUCUUGUCUUUUUUCGUCUGGAUUUACAUGGCAUUACAAUAUCAUCAAAAAGCAUGGUUUCACUGGUGGCAAAAGUCCAGCAUUGUGACAAUAGUCAAUUUGACACGGGAAAAUGCUGCUUUAGAAAUUAGAAACGAAAAACGCAAUAUAUCAGAGAUCUGACAAUGGAUGUCGAGUUAAUCGAGGAAUUGAUUAAGAGGCCCGUCGUUUGAUAGAGAUCUUCCCACGACUCAGCUGCGAUGUGUAAAUGCGUACUUUGCUG